AUGAUUUCCCUGACCCGUCCCCCGGCGACCAACUUGCUGCGGGUUUUGUUCCUGGGGCUGAGUAUCCUCGUGUCCCCCUCGCGGGCCCAGGUGGAGCUGCACGUGCCCGCCGGCCUCACCAAGUUGCAGGCGGUAGAGGGCGAGGAAGUGGUGCUCCCGGCGUGGUACACCGUGCCAGGAGGGGACGUGACUUCAGGCGUGCCAGGGGAGAUGCCCUUCGUGAUGUGGUUCUUGGAACAGAAGGGGAGAGAUCUGGACCAGGUGUUGUCCUAUAUCAAUGGGGAAAUGACAAGCAAAUCCAGAGUAUCCCUGGUCUACUCCAUGCCGUCCCGGAAUGUGUCCCUGAGGUUGCUGGACCUCCAAGAGAAAGACUCUGGCUCCUACCGCUGUUCCGUGAAUGUGCGAGAUCCCACAGUGAAGGGACAUAGCAGCAAAACUUUAGAACUCAAUGUACUGGUUCCUCCAGCUCCUCCAUCCUGCCGUCUCCUGGGCGUGCCCCGUGUGGGGACCAAUGUGACCCUGAGCUGCCAGUGCCCGAGGAGUAAGCCCUCUGCCCAAUACCACUGGGAGCGGCUGCCCCCAAACAUGGAGGUUUUCUUUCCACCAGUUUUAGAUGUCACGCUUGGGUAUUUAAGCCUCUCCAACCUUUCCACUUCCAUGUCUGGAGUCUAUAUCUGCAAGGCCCACAAUAAGGUGGGCAGUGCCCAGUGCAAUGUGACCCUGGAAGUGAGCACAGGGCCUGGGGCUGCGGUGGUUGCUGGAGCUGUUGUGGGCACCCUAGUUGGAUUGGGGCUGCUGGCUGGGCUGGUCCUCUUGUACCAGCGCCGAGGCAAGCCCCCAGAGGAGGCACCCAAUGAUAUCAAGGAGGAUGCCAUUGCUCCCCGGACAAUGCUGUGGCCCAAAGGAUCAGACACAAUCUCCAAGAAUGGGACCCUCUCCUCUAUCACCUCGGCACGAGCCCUCCGGCCACCCCUCAGCCCUCUCAGGUCUAGUACAUUGACCCCCACACCCAGUCUCUCCAGCCAGGCCCUGUCCUCACCAAGCCUGCUCAGGACAGAUGGGGCCCACCCUCAGCCAAUAUCUCUCAGCCCUGGCGGAGUUUCUUCCUCUACCCUGAAUCGCGUGGGUGCUGUGCCUGUGAUGGUGCCUGCGCAGAGUCAGGCUGGGUCUCUGGUGUGAUGGCCCAGCCACUCAUUGGCUAAACCAUCUGGUGUUACUCCUUCCUACAGAGGUCACCCCUAGCACAGAGGCCCAAGUCUUGGGAGAGUAGCCACCCUCCAGACCUCUAGUCCUCUGUUCUCACCUCUCCUUGCUGUGGGAAAACUGAGUCUCAGUAAGACCCAAAUGUCCAGGAGGUAGAAGGAGAAGAGGAAGUGGAUCCGGGAUUAGGAGGAACCUCCACCAAUUCUUCAGUCCUCCCUAUGAAGCCAGCUGAAUGCUGCUGAGAUUGACUACUGCCCAGCACCCUGGAGGAAACUGCCAGUCAGAGUCCCUCAGGCCCCCUUGUUCUAUACCCCAACCCUGUCUAAUACCAUUCCUUGCUCCCACUCCAGCUCCCCACAUUGGCAUAACCUGUUCUGUUGGCUUGGUUGGGUUUUGUUGGGGCAGGGGAUAGGGAGGAUAUUUUUAAAACUAACUUGAAAUGUAUGUUUUUGUUUUUAUUUUGCAAAUUUCAAUAAAGUUAUAUUGUGUUUGCAUGGAA